GAAGACAAGCACACGUCAUGCUACGAGCUGUUCUGUUUGAUUUGGACAAUACUCUCAUCAACACUACAGAAGCCGACAACACUGCUUAUGCAUCAGUACAAAAACUUCUUGAAAGGAAAGUGAGCGAUCCUUCUGAAGUUACAAAUUUGUUUACAACAUUGCUAGCAGCUGAGCCUGUAGAUCUCAACUGUACGAAGAAUGUAGAUGAAUGGAGAACCAUUUUGUGGGCUCGCAGUUUAGAGCAAGCUAUGACUGACGAAAGCUUGUGUAAAGAAGCGUAUUCUGUGUGGAAGAAGACGAGACUCGCAAACAUGGUGUUCAAUGUGGAGACAGUUGAUUUAUUGCAUGCUGUGAGGUCGCAAUACAAAAUAGUGUUACUGACCAAUGGAGAUUCUCAAGUUCAGUGGGAGAAAAUCAGACAAUGUGAUGCAGAGAAAUUGUUUGAUGCUGUCGUUGUGAGUGGAGACACUGAAUGGGAAAAGCCUGACUCGAGAAUUUUCUCAUUUGCUUGUCAGUUGGUCGGCUUACAGUGUGAGAAUGCUGUUAUGAUUGGAGACAAUUUGAAUACAGAUAUUCAGGGUGCUAUCAAUGCAAAUUUGUUGUCAAGUAUUUGGUUUCAGCCAUCAGGUGAUGGUUAUGCAGCAGGCACAGAACCACAAGCAGAGUACAGUGUUGCCAGGUUGGCUCAACUGCCAGGCAUUCUAAAGCAAAUUGAAUUGAAAGCAAACAAAAGGACGGACUAA